CAGGCGUUGCGUUGUGCUUUAAAUUGAAACCAGAAAUGGCGGGGAGAAUAUCGGUAAAUAGCAAUGUAACUAUGAAUAUGUUACUAAAGCACGCUGCUUUUGUUUACAGUGUUUUAUAACAGAAGAGUUUCAAUAUGUAAAAUAGUGACGUUACAGAGAAGAACGAGUGUUUAGCUACAAUGCUACGUGCAUAACAGCUAGCUUUACUCUUUUAUUUAUUUAUGGUGUCUAUUUCAAUGCUAGCUUCAACACAAGUGCAGUGCCUUUUUACCUGUGCCAUGUAGACUAAAAUAACCUAAACGCUUCAAAUUUUAAAGAGGCCUGCCUUUGAGUCGUCAAAUAAAACACAAAUUACAGCGGAAGAGUCAGUGAUUGUCUCGGACAGUGAACAAAUAUUAGUGCACCUGCAGCGCGUGGAGAUGUCUGUCAACGGUAAAGUCAUACCUCACACCCCGCUGGCCGUAGACUUCUGGCAGGUACGGAAGUGUAGGGGCACACGGUUGUUCUUCCUGUCCCACAUGCACAGCGACCACACGUCGGGGUUAACCUCCACCUGGAGCGACCGGCCCAUCUACUGCUCUCCAACUACAGCCACCCUGCUCAGACUCAAACUACAGGUGAAGGAUCAGUGGAUCCAUCCUUUAGAGUUGGGAGUACCACACUUGCUGCCACUGGAUGACAUCAGCAAAGAGAGACUGACAGUCACACUGCUAGAUGCCAACCACUGUCCAGGAGCUGUCAUGUUUCUCUUUGAAGGCUACUUUGGCUCCAUACUCUACACUGGUGACUUCAGAUAUAAACCCUCAAUGCUGCGUGAGCCAUGCCUGAGGACCAACACCACUAUCGAUGUCUUGUAUCUGGACAACACUAACUGUGACCCCAACCGCACCCUCCCUUCCAGACACCAAGCCACUCAACAGAUCAAAGAGAUCAUUCGUAGCCACCCCAACCAUAAUGUUGUCAUAGGCCUCUAUACCCUGGGUAAGGAGUCUCUGCUGGUAGAUCUUGCCAUGGAGUUCAAAACCUGGAUUGAAGUAAGCUUUGACAGGAUGGAGACCCUGAAAGCCUUGGAUCUACCAGAUGUCUUCACCACUGACACAGGAGCCGGUCGUAUCAGAGUUGUUGAGCAGUCAGCGAUCCGCUUGUCAUCUUUAAACCAGUGGAACAAAGAAUAUCCCACUCUGGCCAUCUUACCCACUAGCAGACCCAUCGUGUCAUUUCACCCAGAUGUUCACGUUGUGCCCUACUCCGACCACUCCUCAUACCAGGAGCUGGAGGACUUUGUCUCUGCACUCAAACCGACUUUCAUUGUACCCAUUACAAAUAACUAUGUACCUGAAAGCAUCUCUGCCUUACUGCCCAGCAAGAAGCGCCAUGAAAUCCUGGUGCCUGAGUCCGUCCAACAUUACAUGCUAAAGCAGCCAGAGAGCACGCUCAGCUCCUCAGCAUACACCAGCCUUUGUCGUAGACAUUUCCGACCUCUUGCUCCCAGAGGGGUGAUAUUUGAAUCUCCAGUAAGGGGAUCCAGGAAGCUGUGCCAAGAAUCCUGGGAGGCAGCGAGCCUGGGUCCGUCUGAGGACGAAAUGGACAUAGAAAGUAGUGAAAAGGAAUCCGACUGUAUCCUCAUCGACCUGAACAAAGAGUUCAAUUCAAAUAAAGACAGGGGAGGAGCAGGAGAUAUGUGGAGCCUUAACAUUGUUGAGACUCUGUCUGAGGAGAUGUCAGCAGAGUCUGUGCCCCUUAGUAAACUCUCAAAUAUGAACCUGGCUCCAGUGAAGUUCCCGACAAACAGAAAUCCUUGCUCUCAGACUGUCAGGACCACUAAAAAGCCUCCAGAAACAAAUGCCAAAAAGAUCAACGAGACUGUGUUCAAUGAAAACCACAACCAGCAUUGUAUCAGUGGUAAAAAUACGGAAGAUAACCACACAUUUUCAGACUGUGAUUGCAUGGAUCAGCACAGUGGACGAGGAAUCGAUCAAGAAGACAUCAUGUCAGAUAAUGAUGUGAAUCAGCACAAUGGGCGCAUAAGUGGCCAAACUCACUACGAAAUGCUACUGCAGAAAAGCCAGGACAGCAAUUCAUGCACGUCAUGGAGCUCUUUGAUCGAGGUGCAGCAGGAGUGCAUUGAGGAGCUUGAACGCAGUAUUUUGAAGGAUCUCCCCUUCACAGAGGAGGACUUUAAAGCAGAUGGCCUCCUGCAGAUAAGCUUUAUGCAGCGGUUUCCUCUUUCUCCUCUAUUCAAUGAAUCUGAGGAUGACAUGUCUGAUGCAUAAUGUGACAAGACUUAACAUUAAUGCCUUUUUAUUUAGGCCUUUUCUGUCUUUGUGUGUGUGUGUUUGUAAAGAUUAGCACUUUGAAGCUUGGGUAAUGAAAUAUUUUCCACUGGUACCUUCUUCAUUUUUAUUUUACUUGCUGUGCCUCUAUUUUGUUUUGAGUUAUAGAGGCAGACUUGUGAUCAAAAGCCAAGAGUUUGUCCUUUGAUUGAAGGGUAAUUGACAAACUUUGUUUCUCAUCUUUCAUCAUGCUAGCCUUUGUCUCCUGGAUGUGCAUGCCAGGUAGAUUCACUGUGAUAAAAAACAACUCACUUCUGUUAUUUUAAAUGGGGAAGGAUUGCAGAGCCUGAGGGGCCGAGGCAAAGUUUACAUUAUGUUCCAUUUUGACGAGAUAGAUGAGAAAACUAAGUACUAUUUUUAUUUUUGACUUUUUGCCUCUAGAGCAAACGUUUUUGAAACACUAGUCACUUUUUUUUUGUUCUUAAGCCUUUAGCAGCAAUAAAAAGAAACAAUAGAUUUGUCAGAACAAAAUCGUAAUUUGGUUAAAGUCUGAAUCCUAAGAUGUUUAAAGAAAAAAAUUUAAAGCAAACAUUUUUUUUUCCAUUCUAGGUCCACUUUUUUUUCCAAAAACUGAAAGUUAUUAUCAAAACAAAGUCAAACAUCCAGUGACUGUUUGAAUCAUAAGCCUAUCUGAUAUCUGAGAAGUACCAUGUUCAGUAAAAUAAAAGUGUUUGUUCAUUUAGACUCUUAAGAAGACUUGGAAGUGUUAUCUUUAUAAAUCUCACCAUGCUGUUAAUGUAACUGCUGUUUGUUAAAAGUACAUGAAUAAUUUUUAUGGCAGUGCACAUAUCUUUAAUAAUGUGCCUGUGCAUUACAAAGAUCAUCUGAAUCUGCCUGUGUUUCUACAACUCUGCCAACCCCUAUGAGAAGCUGCUACUUGUAGUUCUUAUACUUUGGUAUUUAGAUCCAUUGUAACUAGAAGAUUCCUUGUUUUAAAUGUUUCUGAUAAACCUACACUCAUUGUUGUGAAUACUACUCACUGUAUUUACCUUCACCUUUUGUAUCUAAACAGUGUUGUUUCUUGAAGAAAAAAGACUGGGCCUUCAGAGUGAAGUUGUCAGAAUUUUGAUAGUUGUUGAUUUUACGUUUUGCCUAUUGAUGACUGCUAUUUAGCAGCACAGCCAGGUUUCCCUCCAAAAAGAGCUACUUAUCUCGUCUCACCUGGU